GCCCCGCUGGCGGGAGGGCGCUGCCCGCCGCGCCGCCGCCGCUUCCCGCCUCGACCCGCGGAGCUACCGGGAGUUGAGGAGCCAUCGGAACCCUCGGAGACGACAGCCCGCUCUGCGCAGACCCUCCGGCAGGCGACUGAAGCCCGCUCCCCGCUCCCCUCAGGACGGAGGGCGGCCGGAGGCGGGCGUCGCUCCCGCCAGCCCGCCGACAGUUCUGAGGACGCAUUUCAUCAUGACCUCUUUUGAAGAAGCUGAAACUGAAGAAACAGUAACGUGUCUCCACAUGACUUUUUAUCAUCCUUGCCGAGAGAAGAUGAUGUUUCGUUGCUUGAAUUUCUGUAAGCGAGAACAGGUCAGGGCAGAUGAAAUGGCCAAGUUUGGCCGCGAUUCUAAUGUCUGCCGUUAUAACUUAAUGGAUACUCGUGUUUCUCGGAUUCAGUUUUCACUGCAGUUUUACAGAAAACUGAACAGCUCAGAAUUCUGUUUUGAGAUAAAGAACAUGAGCAAGAAAACAAAACUGACCGUGGACCAAACAGAACUGGGUUACUUAAACAAAAUUGACCUGCCAUGGAAGUGCAUAAUUUGUUUUGGGGACUACCAGAUUUUAGCAGAGGUUCAAGAAGGGGAGUCUGUGGAUUAUUUUGAGACUCACUUACACUUGGCUGAAGCACCAAUCUUACAAGAAAGAUGCCUGCCAUCACUCCAACCUAUACCUGAGAAUAGCAUUUCUUCUUCCUUAUUUCCUUCCCAAGAAAAAAGCCCCAUAGAGAUUGAUGAAAACGAGUCAUGCUAGCCAGGAGGAGGUUGCAUCAGAGUUUGAUUAUUUGAAACCUGCACAACUUCCAAAAUUGAAGGCCGUCAUCUCCGUCCACUGCUCUUGAGGGUUCUUGCUGCCACAGACUUCUUACCUGUUGUUUUCAGCACGGGCGUACCAGAACCCAUUUUGUUCAACAGAUUCCUGCAACUGUCUCCACCAGGGCAUACGUGCUCUCUUAUCGCCACUGUUUGCCACAUAAAACGUGUGGGAGACCAAGGGGGCCGCUCAAAUCCAUUGCAGGAGAUUCAGUUCAAGAACUGUGACCACAUACCUUGAAGGUAUAUUUAACAGGCAUUAAUACAGAGCAUGCAGAACAGCGUUUUAGCCCCAGCAUUGGUUAGCUAAGUAGGGACGUUAUGUCUCACUGCAUUGGUGUGUUCUGCACUUUGUGCUUUGCUUUUGGCAUGAAAUUCCAAACAGUAUUUUCAAGCCUAGGUUGUAACUUCCCAGAUUUUGCAGCUUAGAAACACUUUGUCAGCAUAGCUCUUUGAAGUUAAUUUUUUAAUUAACUGUGCAGCAAGUUUUUUCUUUUUUUUUUAAAUGUAUUAAAAUACAUUUUUUUUCACAAGUAACUACUUUUGCUUGUGAAUGUAAAUAAACAUGCAGUGUCAGUGAUCGUGGUAUGUAAAAAUCCACACAGAUUUUGUAAUAAAACCAUUUGGCUCCCUA